CGGAGGAGCGCCUCAAUUGUCCCCUCGCGAUCCAUUCUGCGUCCUGCAUCCAACUAUCUGCAUAUACCGCGGCAGAUAAGUUUCCGGAAUUGCUUAACGAGCACAGAAACAGAAGUCCAACAUCCCCGGAAACGCUCUUCGCGAAAGAGACUCCAGAAAUCCUGGAAUGCCCCUCCCCCAGACUCGUUACCCAUCAGUAUCUAUCUUCUCCACUACGAGCCGUACCCAUACACCACGCAACCCGGCAAAAUCCUAGGCGUGUACUCGACCUUCAAUGCCGUCACCACCGCAGCAAUCAACCAUGGGGCUUACGCCUUCUCAAGGGAAGGCAUGCUGGACGGAAGCGAGUAUCUGAACCCUACGGGCAAGAUUCGGAUUGUACCACGGGAGAUUCAGCGACACGGCCUUGAGGUGCCCCUCCCACUCCGUCACGGAAACAGAAGCCACAUGCAACUCGAGCUUGUCUCCUCCAACGUCCGAAGAGCCCGCAGCCGCACUACGGGUGAUCCCGGUAUCGACACCUAUGGAACCGUAUUCGCGGUCAUCCAUCAGUCGCCCGAGAGUUCCGUUUGCAUGGGUGUUUUUGCGAGUCGGCAGCGUGCGUGGGGGGCAUGCCUAAAGAGUCAAGCUUUCUUCUGCGCGAAGGUUAGACUGCAGGACGAGAUCAGGUGGAUCGACGAGGAUAACAUGCCACGGACAAGGGGAAGGAUUCCUGGAGUGGGUAUUCACGAGUGGUCCGUUGCGUCAUUCAAAGUCGAUGAUGGCGGCAAAAACAGUGCGAGGAAGUACUCCUCCCCACCGGUACCGCAACUGCUUAUGUUUCGUUGA